UAAAUACUACAUUCUAGUCUUGAUAUGCAAGGGAUAUGCUUUUGAAGGAUUUAUUAGGAUUUAACAAGAGUGAGAGGAGGAGAGAUGGAAAUGUGUUUUGUUUUUAGUAAAAGAGGAAGAGAUGGCAUGAGAGGAUAAGAUUAGUUGAUGGUAAAUGGAUGAUGCAUUCACAUUCCCCACAGAGGACCUUCCCAUAACCUUCAUGCUCCAGAGCCUGCUGCAGGCGGUGAUACCCCUGCAAAAUUACUGUGCUGGAUAAGCAUAAAUUCAAACUUUUAUGAAAGCUAGAGAACAUUGGAUAGCACUAGGAAUCUGGGAUCACUUGAAGUUUUUUUGUUCUUUCCCACAUGGAUCUAUUCUGUGCUCCUUGUGUAGGGGUAGAAAAAAAUGUUGCCAUCAUAUUUAAGAGGAAACAAUUGCUAACAUAUUUGUGUGAGUCAGUUUCAAGUUUUUUGAAAUGGAUUCUUUGUGCAUUGCUGCUAAAAUAGGACAACAAUGUCCAAAUGCAGUGCCUUGAAAGAGUGCUCUCCCCCACACAUUUUGAGAUUGUAUUUUUCCAAAAAGCAAAUAAGGAGGUUGUAACUCUGAAGAGAAUCUGAACAGAUGCACAGCUCAGGUGAGAGAAUCUGUCAGCAGGACAAACAUUAGCUAUGACCCCUUAAAUGUGCUCUUUAUGAAAAGUAACAAAACUAAAUUCAUUUUAAGUCCUGUUUGCAGUUUGCUCUGGUCAGAUUAGACUGAAAGCUACCUUUUUAAAAAUGAAUGUCAUUUUUUUAAAAUGGAAAACUCACUCUGUGUCAUCCUGAUUCAUGCCAUAGCCAUUAUGAGACACAUGGUGGGAGCAACAUGAAGCAGUGAGGAUGCUUUUCUUCAGUACAAACAGGAAAGUUGCAAACUCAAAGUUGAUGUGAAUACUGAUGUGGCUAGAUGCAGGUCAAUACUUGAAAAGAACCUGCUAGAGAGCAAAACCACUGAGGCACGACUCACCUUUCGGACGGGCAAUGACCUUUAACAUUAAACCAAAGCAAAAAUAUAAAAGCUUAGCAUAAAACAUAUUAUUGUGUGUGACCAAACAUUGAAAUGAGAGUCUGAAAAAAUCGAUGUUCUCAAACAGUCUUGAUCCAAUUUCAGUAGGGCAACAAUUUCAAUCUGAACGCAAACACUGAAUUUAUAGACCUUUAAAUAAAAUAUUGCUAAGUAUUGUGUUCGUCCAUGUUUCUAUUAUGUGUUUGUAAAAUCCCAGUGGACAUUUGUGGUGAAAUAUAAGACCAUUCAAGGACCAGACGUACUUUUACAAGGUACCGUUCAUGGAAACUGAAUUGAAGUUCCCUGUAUUCAGCCACAUGUUUGUAACAGAACAUGAAAGAUAACAUUGUCCCACAAGAUUAGCCACAAAUCAAAGAGAAGCAUUAAGAUACACAGUUACUGCAUAGGUUGUCUCUGUGUACUCUACAGUUGUAAUAGCUACUAUUUUGCAGCUCCUAACUUGUUAUUUGUCUUCCAGGUUCGGAUUGGGAAAGCUUCUUCUUUCCAAGGCUCACAUAACCACUGUUCAGCCUACAAUUCCUCUCCCUGUGGAGCGCCUCCUAAACUCAGGUCAUUCCUCAAGCUGCCACAAACAGAGCUUGUGGACUGCAGCCAGACUCUGUGGAGACGGGACAAAACAAAGGAAUGCACAAGGGACACAUAGACUGAGAGACGUGCUUCUGACCCUUUUGUCUGCUCUUUUGUAAAAGUUGAGCAAACACCACAAAAUCGCCACUUUCUCACAUAUGUUGACCACGGCUUACAGCGGCCACACAAUUUUGUGUGUAUGUUUGCUUCACAGCAUCUUGGCAAGUACCUAACCACAAGAGGGAGCGUCUGGUCUCGCCUCAUUCGCAGAGGGGAGCUGUAGAGCGCAGCCUUCUGUUUCCGCAUGCAGAACAUCCUCGAUCAAAACUUAGACAUGGCCACAGCGCUGCUCGCAGGCGAGAAGCUGAAGGAACUCAUCCUGCCGGGCUCCUCUCAGGAUGAGAAGGGCGGGGCACUGGCUGGCCUCAUGGUGCAGCUCAAACUGGAGCUGCCCUUUGAUCGGGUCGUUACUAUAGGGACGGUCAUCAUCCCCAUCCUGCUGGUCACCCUUGUCUUCACAAGAAACUUUGCAGAGGAGUCCAUAUAUUGUUACACACCGCACAACUUCACCCGGGACCAGGCACUUUAUGCCAGAGGCUACUGCUGGACAGAGCUUCGUGAUGCUAUUCCUAAUGUGCAGCCUCAUCUUUGGCCCUCGCUAUUUGAACAUAAGUUCCUGCCCUACGCCCUGCUGGCCUUUGCGGGGAUUAUGUACAUUCCUGCUUUGGGCUGGGAGUUCCUUGCCUCCACUCGACUCACCUCAGAGCUCAAUUUCCUGCUUCAAGAGAUUGAUAACUGCUACCAUCGAGCCGCUGAGGGCAGAGCUCCAAAGAUCGAGAAGCAAAUUCAGUCCAAAGGACCUGGGAUAACUGAGCGGGAAAGGAGGGAGAUUAUAGAAAAUGCAGAGAAGGAAAAGAGCCCUGAGCAAAAUCUUUUUGAAAAAUAUUUGGAGAGACGAGGCCAAAGUAACUUUUUAGCUAAGAUUUACCUGGCUCGCCAUCUGGCUAUCAUGUGCCUCAGCUCUAUCCCCAUUUCCUACCUGAGUGCAUACUAUGCCCGCCAAAGGCAGAAUGAGUUCACCUGUGCACUAGGCGAGCCUCCAGAUACCAGCAGCUACCCAGAGUUGAAGCUUAGAGUCAACUGCAAGCUUCCCGCUGUGCAGCUGCAGCGCAUCAUGGCAGUGGUGGACUUAGCGCUGCUGUGUACCAUGAACUUCAUCAUCCUACUUAAUUUGCUCCAUCUGUUUGUGGUGCGUAAGUCUAACUUUGUGUUCGACAAGCUGAAUAAAGUCGGAAUCAAAACAAAGCGACGGUGGCAAAAGUCUCCGUUCUGUGACAUCAACAUUCUGGCUAUGUUCUGCAAUGAGAACAGGGAUCACAUUAAAUCACUGAACCGACUGGAUUUCAUCACCAACGAGAGUGAUCUAAUGUACGACAAUGUUGUCAGGCAGCUGUUGGCUGCACUUGCACAGUCCAACCACGACGCUACACCCACUGUGAGGGAGUCUGGGAUACAGACCAUUGAUCCCAGCAUGAAUCCUUUGGAUCUCGGGGUGGGAGACAUGGCCAUGGAGCCACUGGUCAGCAAACGGCCGCGGAAAAAGAUUAAAUGGAUACCGAGCUCAAACCCUCUUCCUCAGCCGUUCAAAGAACCACUCGCUCUGACCCGCGUGGAAAAUAACACCAAACCUGAAAAGCCCAAACCACUGAGACGCAAAACCAUGGCGGACAGCCUCAUAGCACCACUGCUGGACAGUAAAGGAACACAACAUCCUUCAGCUAAAGACAUCAGUGGGAUGGACAAAAAGCACGCACGAAACUUCUCCCUGGACGUCCAUCCAUACAUGCUGACAAAUCGCAAGCCCAAGGUGGAGGCCUCAGUCGUUGAACCGCUACCACCAGAGCACAAUCUGGACGCAGUUUACCUUGAAGGCACUCACACUAUUGUUCAUGUGUCUUGUGCAAUGACAGAAACCAAGGUUAGCUCCCCAGUAUCGACCACUGCUGUCUUUUCCACAGUAACUCUGCCCUCUACCACAUACGUGAAUGGUGGGAGCCCAAACCCUCCCUCAAGUGAGGAUGCGCUUAGUCCCAAGUCCUCCCCUGCACAAAUAGAGCUUCUGCCCCCAACGGAGAACCCUGAGCCGCCACUGCUGACCAAAGCCCCCACACACCAGCUCCUGAGCAUUCAUCACACUCUUUUUGAAGAAGAAGAGGAUGCAGAAAACAGAAGAGGCAGGCUGGAAGAAAGACCUGGGGAGCUCAUUGCUGCUGGAGAAUGUUGAAAAAUGUCAGAUUUCUAAGAAUAUGAUCAUGAUCGCUACAGUCUCCUUUUCCAAAAAUUGUCCUUCUCCUCAUAGCAACUUCUGUGAUUGGUGGAUUGUGUUAACUGACAGGAUGAAAUUCAACAGCACAAACAAAGCGUGGUUGUCGGAAAAAGAGGGAAAAAUAAUGAUAACAUAUGUGUUUUUGUUAUAGAAAAUGAUGUCACCUUCAUGCCUCAGGAUGACUGUGUUCAACUGAUCACCCACCAGUGAAACCAGCAGUGAUAUAUUAUUCAACAGGGUGCUAAAGAGCAGGGUAAAACAGCUAUGCUAAAAAAGGUACAAGGUGAAAGAAAAAUGAAUAAGCUUUUUAACAUAGAAAUGAGAGACACCUUACAAAUCCACAUUACAUAGAAAGACUGCAUUACAGCUUAAAAAAACAGUAUGUAUUUAAAACAUAUUAACACUUUGUCCCUUUAUCCCUCUAGCCAAGUAGAAAUGUAGCUCACGCAAUACAGCUGUUGAGAUCUGCACUCUUAAUAUGCAAAUGAUCACAAUAUAUAUGUGGCAAUAAUGUAUGCGCUUUGAGCAUUAUACUUCACAAAAUGUGUUGGUAUAUGUUGGGUGUUUCAAAUCUAAAAUAGUUCCAUGGCUUAUCAUUUUCAUUUCAACAUUGCCAUUGAUACGUCGCUGUAUGUGCACAUCCUUUGUAAUAGCAGGAUGACUUAUUAUGUGAUUGAGAGGAUAAAUGGUAAUGAUAGAGAUAUAGUGCCUUGCAAAAGUAUUCAUACCCUUUCCAUUUUUUCUGCUUAUUUUAUUUGCUUCAUUCCAAUUGUUGUGGUAGACAAGAAUGCAGAAUGCAAAGAAAUGUACAAAAGUAGAAGGAAAUGAAUACCUGAUUUUAAUAUUUUCUUAUCUAACAUAAAAUUCAUGAAUUGGUAUUCAGACUCUGAAGUCAAUACUUUAUUAGCUAUUACUUUGACCAUCAAGAGAUUUAAAAUUUUUGCCAAUUAUUCUUUGCAAAAUAGCUCAAAUUGAGUGAAAUUGGACAGACCACCACCACAAGGCAUUAAUUUUCAAGACUUGCCACCAUUUCUUAAAUGAAGUUAUUGUAGGUGAGAACUUUGAUCAUCACCACUGUAUCUUAGGAAUAUGAUUCGAUUUGAAGCAAUAUGCUAAAACCAUAGCUGUACAUUUCUUGUUGAUUUCCUGCUGUAAGGGUAACUUCUGUCCCAGUCUCAAAUCUUUGCAGCCUUUGACAGCUUGUCUUCUCAAACAAACUUUUACUGAGUCCCAUCAACCAGACUUGUACAUGAUUUAUAGUUGACCUACUGACAGAUUCUCCCACCCGAACAGGAAAUGUCUGCAGCUCUUUCAGAGCAACUAUGUGCCGUUUUGCUCCUUCACUGAUUAAUGUUUGUCCAAUUAAUGCUUAAUUGUCCUGUCAGAUUUUCGAAUGAUCAAUACAUUUUUUUAUUCUCAAAUUAUGGAUUGAAAAGUGCCAAGUCUGAAUUGCAAGUCUGUAAAGGAUAUUAUUUAACCUAACCCUUCUUUUUAUCCCCUGCCACCUUCCUGACCUCUCUUGUGUCUUGUGCAUUUCUUGGUUUAAAAAGGCCACACUUUGAUUUUCAUAACACAACAAAUUUUGAGAAACACAUAGACUUUUUCAUUUCAUUUGAAAAUUAUACAUGACUUUGUGUUGGUCAAUCACAUAAAAUCCCAAUAACCCACUGAAGUUUGUGAUUCUAACUAGAUGAAAUUGCAAAAAAAUGUAUAUGAAUACUUUAGUGAGGCACUGUUGUUAAUAAACUGAGGGGGGGAAACUGCUGGCAUAUUAAAAACAAGAAUCAGCUCAGUUUGAUAAAUGAAGCUGAACUUGUUGAGGUGGUGUGAUGUCAUGUGAACAAAAUGAUCCGCAACGUGUUCAACUGUUCCUUUUUGAACGGUUUAUUGCAAGAAUGAGUAAGCUUUUAUGCUGUCUGAGGCUCUGACACAAUCCAAAAUUCUUUUCUGUACAUUAAAUCACAAGUAGUUAGAAUAUAUAUUUAUAAUACUUGUAGAAUAAAUAGCAAGCAUACGCACCUAUGAACCCCUUUUUCCACAAAAAAAAAAAAAAAUGUGGCACGUUCUAGUCACAAACUUUCUUGCACAUCUGAUAACAGGAACUUCAAUAAAGGAAGUGUAAUACUUAUUGUCACAUCAGCAUGACAUUGUUGCAGAAGAUAUCACUACUGGUCUGGUGUGAAGGGCCUCCAGUAUUCAUCGAUACAAAACUCACUCAUUCUCUUGGGGCAUUGAAGAGACACACUGUGGCUUACAACUUUCCACUUCAGCUCAUCAUCAUACUCCUAAGGCUGCCUCGUGAUAAUACUCAAGCACACUAAAUGCAUCCACAAGCACUUUACGACUAGAAGCACUAGUGAGUUGUUAAUGACUGCUUAAAACUCAUGUUCUGUGUUGAUUUUCACAUUAGCCUACAGCUGACAAAGAGAGAAACCUAUGACUGUGUGAAAAGCUACUGCACACGCAGAGUCCAGAAUAUGACUGUACCUUGUGAAAUGUCUUAGUAAAAACACAAAUAAAACAUUUUUUUUG